AUUUUCCAACUCCCUCCAACGCAUACAAAAAUUUUCACCGUUUCUGAAUUUCUCAUCUUCCCUCGAAACUUCUGUUUCUUUUUUUAUUUUCUUCACUUGGAAUCGGAGAUGGAGGGAGUGACGUUGGCGUUGCCGUCGUCGAGCACGCCGGCGUAUGUGAGCUGGGAGGAGGUAAAUGUUUCAAGCGAUAAAGGAAGGAGAGAGGUUCAUUACUAUUUGAGGAGAAGAGAUGGGGCAUCGGAUCUGUCUGUGAUUGGGAAAGAGAAAAGCUUGAGGCACAUGUCUUAUCAUUUCGCUAUUAAGAACCGCUCCCUUUCCUUCUCUUUGGCGUCGUUUUACAAGCUCAAGUCUCGCAGGGAGGUCGUCUAUUGGCUUAAUUCUGUUGUUUCAGAUUCAUCUUCUCUUGAGCCAUAUUGUUCGGUUGAUGGCUUUUGUAAUGGCAAAGAUGUGAAAAAUAUGGAUUUUGGAGCCCUCAAGGUUUUUGAAUCACGGAAGCUGGGCCGAUAUGCUAAAGAAUUUUUAUGGUUAGGUUCUUCAUGGACGUGCAGGAAAAAGAGGAAACAUUAUCAGUCCUUCCAUAGGAAUGGUUUAAUAAUUUCAAUUCAUGACUUUGUUUAUGUCUUAGCUGAGGACGAUAAACGACUUUUUGCCCAUUUGGAAGAUUUGUAUGAGACUCUAGAGGCAACAAGAUGGUUGUGGUACGAUGGUUUCACAAAAUUGAUGAGUAUUGAAUGCAUAGAUGGAUUGGCUACUGUCCUUAGUCCUGUGCAUUUCAAGAAAUUUUUGAACGAGGCAACACAUACUCAGCUGGAGCCAUUUGUAUGCUGCAAGCAGUUUGAAAAUGAUGAUGUCAAGCCUUUUGACUUGACUCAAGUUAAGGGUUAUUGGAAACAAGAUAUACUUAGAGAUAUGUAUUGUCUUUCUCCUUCGAAUGUUUGUGUUAGUCGUCAACAACGUGCUGAUGAUCAGAAAACUGAUUGUAAUGUUGAUGAUGGUGUUGGGAUCAGGUCUAGAAAGAGAUAUUGUCAGUCAAAAGAUGAUGAUGUAUACACGCAUUACAGUGGCAAUAGAGAGUCGAUGGAUGCAUCAUGUGCAGAUGUGCAAGAUUUUUGGAACAGCAAAAAUGGAACUGAAUCAUUCAGUUUUAUUGGAGGGAGUUAUGCAUUUCUGUCCGCUAAUGAGGCUAAGCAUUAUUCUUCUCAGCAUUUAAAAGUAGGUUCCCAGGUUGAAGUACUAGCUCAAGAUAGUGGUAUGAGAGGGUGUUGGUUUAGAGCUCGGAUAAUCAAGAAUCACAAAGAUAAGGUGAAGGUGCAAUACCAUGACAUUCAGGACGCAGCCGAUGAAGCUAACAAAUUAGAGGAAUGGAUUUUGGCGUCUAGGAUUGCUAUUCCUGAUCAAGUGCAUAUCCGUCUUUGUGGACGGACAACUAUUCGACCAUCUUCACAAUACCCUAAAUGCAGUGCUUCAUGUAUUGGAGUUGGGUCUGUCGUUGAUGUCUGGUGGCAUGAUGGAUGGUGGGAAGGCAUUGUUGUUGAGAAGGAUUCAGAAGAUAAAUUUCAUGUUUAUUUCCCAGGAGAAAAGCAGGAAUCAGUCUUUUACGGUGGUGAUUUAAGGCAAUCUCAGGAAUGGCUGGGAAAUCAGUGGAUAAAUAUAAAGGAGAGGCAUGAUAUUGUGAGUUCCAUACUCUGGGGCAGAAAGCAAGAUGCAAGCAAAUCCUAUGAUUGCAAUUUGGUCAAAACCACCAUUUGUGAUGGUGGACAUUGUGGUAAGGAUGCCACUGGUUGUAAUGAAUCUCCUCUUGAACCAGGAAAUGACAGGGCAAAAGAUGUGGGUCUUGUUCCAGAUCUUUCAAAGGAUGAUUUGCUUUCCCAGUUGAAGUGGAAGUCAUCUAGGAAGAGAAAACGUGUGACUGCGACCUGUGUACAGAAACUGAAUUACAGUCGAAAUCUCUUCAAAAGCACUGCAGGGUCUGUUACUUGCGAAAGAUUUUUGAUCCCUGCAUCCUUAAAAGUUGAUAAUGAUAAUUGCAAGUACAUGGGUGAUCCAUUAUUCAGUUCUCCAGUAGUGCCAACUCUAACAAGCUUGGUUAUGACUAGAUGAUUGACGCAUUUCAUUGGAGAUGUGGAGGUGUUGCUUUCUGUUUUUAAUUGGAUUUUGCAUUUCCUUCAUAUAGUUUGCACCUACUGGACGCAAUGUUUUAUAGGGAUUUUUCAUUUCAGAAUUCCAUGGUAUGUACUUGUAUGGAGCUUUAGCCUAUAGGGCUCUAACUUAGAGUCUUGCAAAUUUUAGGUCACAAUUUUGGAUGCAGUAUAAUGACCUCGUAGAUCUAUAUAAAUAACUCAACCUGAUUUGUUUAGGAUGUUGCAAGAGGAUUUCUGCUUUUAUGAAUCUGUAUAUCAUUUGUCAGACAAUAAAAAAUUUACAUCCUCUUUUGUUGCA